UGCUUGCAACUCUUGUUAUGACUGCAAGGUCCUGUUUCAAUCACUGGCGUCAGACGGACGCACGACACCAACUCAAACCUUUUCACCUUCUCCCGAACAACGUAAAUAUUGAUUUGAAAAGCGAGGCAUUUACCGAGCAACUUCACGGGUGUUUUAAUUUGAAAGUGCUUCACGGGACUUAAAAGAAUAUCCAUUCGUCGUGUCACUUUGAGGGUCCGACGGAUUUUUUUCGCUCGCAUUUACCACGACUGGGAGAUAAAACUUUUCCUCUAUUAUAUUAGGUGGCUCGUAAAAGAGACCCGCCUAUGACCUUCACGUCUCACAUUAUCGCUACAUUUAUUAUUAAGAGUAUUUGAUACAAUUUCAGGGUUCUUUGCCGACUUUGACUUUUUUCCCGUUUUUUUUUUCUUUGAAUGCGUUGCAAAUAUGAUGAUGUCACCGACGCCACUUUUUCCUGAAGUUAUGGCGGAGCACAACUUUUCUAACUUCUCUUGACCAUUGCGAGCGUUUGGCUUUACUAAUGGAGCACCUCCAGGGAGCGUGGAAGACCCUGAGCAACGGAUUCGGAAUGAAGGACUCUGCGUUCGAGGGCCCGUGCCUUUCCCCGACCAUGGUCCAGGGCUUUACCUGCCAGCGUCGCUCCUCAGAUGACAGCAAGAUGCCCGACUCCAAGACUAGCAGCACUAUCCGUGUCUACCUCCCAAACCACCAGCGCACUGUGGUAAACGUGCGACCAGGUAUGACUCUGCACAGUUGCCUGAUUAAAGCAUUAAAGGUGCGAGGUCUGCAGCCUCAGUGCUGCGCUGUCUUCAGGUUGCAUCCAGAGCAAAGGAGUAAAAAAUUCCGGAUGGAUUGGAAUACUGACUCCACCUCUCUUAUUGGGGAAGAGCUACUGGUGGAGGUUUUAGAUCACGUUCCCUUGACGACUCAUAAUUUUGUUCGGAAAACUUAUCUGAAACUAGCGUUCUGUGAUAUUUGCCAGAAGUUUCUUUUGAAUGGUUUCCGUUGCCAAACAUGCGGCUACAAAUUCCAUGAGCAUUGUAGCACCAAAGUGCCCACGAUGUGUGUGGACUGGAGCAACAUCAGACAACUCCUGUUGUGUCCAACACCUGGUGACAGCAGUGGCCCGUCACUGCCCCCGCUGACAUCCCGGCGAAUGAGGGAAUCCUUAACACGGUUUCCAAGCUCUGCCCAUCGAUAUUCCACCCCUCAUGCCUUCAACUACACCGCCCCCUACACACCCACAGGCAGCGGCCUCUCCCAGAGGCAGCGCUCCACUUCCACGCCCAACGUCCACAUGGUUAGCACUACCCUGCCUGUAGACAGCAGCAUGAUUGAGCUAGACUGCCUGAAUACCUCCCCCAGCUCCUGGUGCAAUAGAUUCUGGCUGAAGAGGAAAGUAGGUAUUGUGCACUUCUCCCAAUCUUUUGUUGAUGCCUCAUCCGAGAGUCCAGAAAAGGAUGCAAUGCGUGAUCAUGACUCUGCUGGGAGUUCCCCCAGCCAGAGUCCUACAGGCUGGUCCCAGACCCAGUCCAAAGCCCCUGCACCUGCCCAACGAGAGAGGGCCACGUCCUUCAACACUCAGGAGAAAAAUAAAAUUAGGCCUCGGGACAAGCGAGACUCUAGUUACUACUGGGAGAUCGAGGCCAGUGAGGUGUACCUGCACUCCCGCAUUGGUUCAGGCUCCUUUGGAACUGUAUACAAAGGGAAAUGGCAUGGUGAUGUAGCAGUAAAGAUUUUGAAGGUGACUGACCCCACACCAGAGCAGCUACAGGCAUUCAGAAAUGAAGUUGCAGUCCUGAGGAAAACACGACAUGUCAACAUCCUGUUGUUCAUGGGCUACAUGACGAAGGACAACCUGGCCAUUGUAACCCAGUGGUGUGAGGGCAGCAGCCUCUACAAACAUAUUCACGUCCUGGAGACAAACUUCAAGAUCAUCCAGCUCAUAGACAUUGCCAGGCAGACUGCUCAGGGCAUGGACUAUCUGCAUGCAAAGAACAUCAUUCAUCGUGACAUGAAGUCCAACAACAUCUUCUUGCAUGAAGGGCUAACGGUGAAAAUCGGGGACUUCGGUCUUGCUACGGUGAAGGCCAGAUGGAGCGGCUCACAUCAGGUGGAGCAGCCUUCUGGAUCCAUUCUCUGGAUGGCUCCUGAGGUUAUCCGGAUGCAGGAUAACAAUCCUUAUAGCUUCCAGUCUGAUGUCUAUUCCUAUGGAAUUGUUCUCUUUGAGCUCAUGACGGGAGAGCUCCCAUACUCCCAGACAGCAAACAGAGAUCAGAUUAUCUUCAUGGUGGGAAGAGGCUAUUUGUCCCCAGACCUCAGUAAGCUCUACAAGAACUGCCCCAAAGCCAUGAAAAGGUUGGUGGCCGACUGCAUCAAGAAGUCAAAGGACGAGAGGCCGCUCUUCCCGCAGAUCUUGUCCUCCAUUGAGCUUCUCCAGCAUGCCCUCCCCAAGAUAAACCGCAGUGCCUCAGAACCGUCCCUGCACAGAGCCUCUCACACCGAGGAUAUCAAUGCCUGUACUCUGACCUCCACCAGACUGCCUGUUUUCUAGAGGCUCAGACAGCAACAACCCCUCCUCCUUCUCUUUGAAAUAUCCAAAAUCGUCCAAAUGCUCAGUACGCCCUAAUUCUACACACAGAUGCCAAUAUAUAGACCUGAAAAUGCACAUGCAAUCAUACAUAAACCCAUGCUAAUCAAUAAAAUAUGUAAGGAAAAGAGGAGAGAGGGGAAGUGAAGAGAGCCGUCUGAGAUUUCCUAUGGAAGGAAGGGAGUGAGUGAUGAUGGAUAGCAGUGGGAUGUACACAUGAAGAGGUGGUGCCUUGCUUAUCACUGCACGUAUUAAGAAGUAUGCAGAGGCUCCAUGGUGGCAAUGCAUUUGGUAACAUUUGUAAAUACAUGCACGCACAUCUACCUAAGACAGCGAUAAAUGGACACUGAAGGAAACUCAAGAGGAUGCGUUUCUCUUGAUUUGGGUUCUGUGAUGUGAAGCACACCCUCCUAUCUGGUCACCCUGAUGAAGAGGACCUUUAAAGCUUACAUGCCUUAAGAGGAAACAAAGCCUGGACUAAGAUCCUGCACAAUUCACCUCUUGUUAUCACAAACAAAGCCGUUGGAUGUAGUCCAUUUAGUUGCACAGUAGUAGUUGAUUUUUGCAUUGUCUUAAAUGAUAAUGGAGUAGAUAUGGGAAAUUGUUGUCGUUUUUUUGUUGUUAUUGUAUUUUGACUUCUUUUUAAUUGUCUUUCUUUUUGUGAGGGGUCAUUUUGGGGGAAUUAUACCCUAUCAGACAGUGAGCAUGAGUGGUUGAAAAAUUGAAUUUGCACAUUUACGCAAAAGCAAUGGUUAUGUUUCAACAGUCUACACAUUGGCUUCAUAGCUCUGAGUAAACUGAUCUGUAGAUACACACACAUUCUUAUCAGUCCUCACCGUGGGGAAGGUUAUCAAGAGCUGGACAUUUGGCGGUUGUCUUAAAUAUUUAAAAUGAUUUGGAAACUAAUUUGUAUGUGUUUAUCAUGUCUCUUUCAAGAGGUUAAACGUUUUAUUGUGAACUUGGUGAGAAAGUUGUCUAUUCAAUAUUUUAAUAAAAUUAAGUUAAAUUUCUUUGCCAAAGAA